AUGACUCUGACUACAAAGGUAAUAACGACAUUUUCUUUGAUCAAUUCAAAAAUCCCGCUCAUCGUAAAAAAGUCAAACAUUAUCAAGGAUGUCCUUGUCCUGAAUGCAAACUACCUGGAAAGAAUACUAUAAUAGCAGUAACGUCAAAACAUGGGAAAUUAAAGAUAACCUAAGCAAAUGGAUCAGGAAGCCAGUGAGUAUUGGAAGAACUAUUGGAAAGACAAAUAUAAACCUAGGAAUGCAGGCUAAAGAACUAGAAAUGGUAAUACUCAAGAUUUUAGCUCGAUGCCAAUGCCAAUGCCAAUAUCUAUGGCCCCACCAAUUGGAUAUGGAAUACCUGCUCCACCUCAUUUCUACAAUCAAAUGGCUGUCAGAUACAUGCCGCCAAUGGCUCACCCUUAUUAAUACAAUCCUUACGCAGGGCCUUAUCCAUUUUACCCUCCUUAGGUAUAGCUUCCUUAGCAUUAUCCUGUUGGUCUUGGAAUGGGAAUGGCACCUAUGCCAGGUAUGGCCAAGACCACAUCUAAAUCGGGUUAAGCUUUAAAUAUAAAUUAUGGAACUUUUCCUCAACCUUGGGAAGAACCACCAUAUGAGCCAUUUAAGUACUACGGUGGUCAUGAAGAUGACGAAGAUGCUCCUCUUGAGAUUGACUAUGAGAAUCGAGAGAUAGACUUGACAAAAUGUCUAGCACCGCUAUUAAAAGGAGAAGACGCAAAUAAAAGUUUCAAAUACCCUAUUAAACUUGAUGAGGAUGAGGUUGAAAGCUGA